AUGAUGUCAAACGGUGUAGCAAAUCAUUUUGAAUUGACUAAUGAAUCUGAUAAGAUAAAAAAAGCAAAGAAUCUUAAAUCAAAAAUAAUAUUUGAAAAAUUAAAUUCAAUAGGUAUAAACAAUAACUCCCAAUUAGAAAACUUAUCAUUAUCAUUACUUGGCAUCACUGAAUUUGGAUUUAUUAAUAAUUCAAUAAGAAAAAAAUGUUGGGUCUAUUUAUUAACUCAUCAAAUGGAUAGGAUGAGAAAGGAAGACGAUGAAUUGAUUAAUGUUGAAACAAAUAAUUUACCUCAUAAAGAUGAAGAUCAAGUUAGGUUAGAUACAGAUAGAUCUUUUGGAUAUAUUAAAGAUUCAAUUCUGAAAAAUAGAUUAAAACGGAUCCUUUAUGAUAUCAUUAUAGGUACAUUAAAAAGAAAUCCACAACUAAAUUACUACCAAGGUUAUCAUGAUGUUGCAUCUAUAUUUGUUAUGAUAUAUUAUGAAGAUAUUGUCAAAAAUAAAUAUAAGAAACAAAUUAACGAAAUGAUAUUAAUCUUAGAGAUAUUUACAUUAAUGUAUUUAAGAGAUUUCAUGAUGGAUUCUUUAGAUUUCACAAUAGAUCAACUGAAGAUUGUCACUCAGAUUUUAAUGAAAAUGAAUAAAAAAUUUGUUAAUAAACUGAAGUUGGAUAAACAAGAGCCGUUCUAUAUGAUUAGCAGUGUUUUAACAAUAUAUUCUCAUCAUUUUAAACCCAAGAUAAAUCAAAAAUAUCAAGAUGAAUCUAAUUUAAUAUAUGAAAUAUUUGACAUGGUUAUAUGUAGUCAGUCAAUGAUAUUACCAUUGAUAAUAUAUUCAAAAUUUCUGUUGAACAAUAAAAACCUUUUAUUAAAAGAAUAUGAAACUAAUUUAGAACAUUUUGACAACAUAAAUGAUUUAAUACAUGCAUCAAUACAAAAUGCUAUUGUGAGAAGUUUUCAAUACACAGAGAAAAACCGAGAUCAUUUAAAACAGUGGUAUACCAUCUUGAAUGAAAUAAGAUUCAGUUUCAUUAACAAUAAAAUUAAAAUACCAUCUUUGAAAGGACAAAUCAACAAAUACAGCCCACUAUUGACUACAGCAACAAAUUAUAAUUUAAAACAUUUCCAAUUUAAAACAUAUGAUGAAGUUGACUUGAAAUCAUUAAUGAACAAAGGUAUAAAAUUAAAUAAAAUCCGUCAAAACAUGGAUGAAAGACAGACCAAAAAAUUGUAUAGACAGCAGAACUAUCCCUUUCUUCUCAAGAUAUUAGAUGAUCAGUACAUGAAUCUAUCCCCAUUAAUCAAAAUAUCUGUAUGUAUUGCCAUCUUAGCACUAUGUAUAAAGUAUUCUGAUCAAAGCAGCAAUGGUUUCAUCCUUAAAAUAUAUCAUAACAUGUUGUUUCAGAAUAUUCUACCAAAAAUGAAAGUAAGAUUAACUUCUUCACUCAAAUGA